GCUCUGUGGUUGGCUGGCCCCUCCCGGAGCCCUUUCCCCAUUGGUGCCGGCUGUCGCGCGCGCGUCCCGGACAUCCCCCCUUCCCCUGCUCAGCCCUCCGUCAGUCCCCCCCCCGCGGUGCCUGCGGGGGGCUCCGCGUCCCACCACCAUCCGAACGGCUGCCCCCUUCCGGCCAGGGCAGAUGCGCUAAGAGGCCCGCCGCCGCAAGGCCUCCGUCUCCAGGACGCGCCACCAUGUCCAUGCUGCCCACCUUUGGCUUCACCCAGGAGCAAGUGGCUUGCGUGUGCGAGGUGCUCCAGCAAGGGGGCAACAUCGAGAGGCUGGGCCGCUUCCUGUGGUCGCUGCCGGCUUGCGAGCAUCUCCACAAGAACGAGAGCGUCCUGAAGGCCAAGGCCGUGGUGGCCUUCCACCGGGGCAACUUCCGCGAGCUCUACAAGAUCCUGGAGAGCCACCAGUUCUCGGCGCACAACCAUCCCAAGCUGCAGCAGCUCUGGCUCAAGGCGCACUACAUCGAGGCCGAGAAGCUGCGGGGGCGACCCCUAGGGGCCGUCGGCAAGUAUCGGGUCCGCCGCAAGUUCCCCUUGCCCCGCUCCAUUUGGGACGGCGAGGAGACCAGCUACUGCUUCAAGGAGAAGAGCCGGAGCGUGCUCAGGGAAUGGUACGCCCACAACCCGUACCCAUCCCCUCGGGAGAAGAGGGAGCUGGCCGAAGCCACCGGGCUCACCACCACCCAAGUCAGCAACUGGUUCAAAAACCGAAGGCAGCGGGACCGCGCCGCCGAGGCCAAAGAAAGGUACGAGGAAAACAACGAAAAUUCCAGCUCCAACGGCCACAACCCACUUUCCUCCUCCCUGAACGGCAAUAAGGCUGUUUUGGGCAGCUCUGAAGAUGAGAAAACUCCCUCGGGGACCCCAGAUCACUCUUCGUCCAGCCCCGCCUUACUGCUGAAUUCAAACCCAGGUUUGCAGCCGCUCCACAGCUUAGGCCAUCCUCAGGGUCCUAGUGCCAUUCCAGUUCCCAGCGCAGACCCUCUGCACCACCACCACAGUUUGCAAGACUCCAUCCUCAACUCCAUGUCCUCUAACCUGGUCGACCUGGGCUCUUAAGAGGCUUGUGGCAUCAGUGACAUUCCUUGAACCCAGGCUUUCCCCUCGGCUUCUUCUUAUUUUUUUAAAUGACUCAUACCUAUUAUCUGAAAAUUUGAAAGCGAUGGCAAGGCUCCUUAAUGUGGAUCUGUUGCCUGGCUUUGGAUCAAUGCUUUGUUUGGCUGAUCAGUGGCUUUUGGGGAAGGUACUUUAAACUCAAGACCUUUGCAAGUCAUUUGGGGACUUAAGAGGGUUUGGUGAAGCUGGUUUCAGAGAGCUGGAGGAGUCUUCCUUAGGAGUUGUGGCUUUUUAGGGGGGGUAGGGAAGAAGGGGGCCAGAGAAGAUCAGUUCAGGAGCUAAUUCGGGAAGGAGGGGCAAGACUGGCAGCCUCUGCCUUCACAAUCUCUGGGGAGAUGAUCCGAUCCAAUCUUAGGGUUGCCAACUUCCCAGCCAGCCUCUGGAGCUGUGCAUCAGCCCUGAUCUCCGAGAGUCAGCAAUCAAAUCUUUGUAGGGCAUGAGAUCACAUAAUAAGAGCUUGAUUGGACUGAAGGGUCCAUCUCUAAGUCUAGCAUCCUCUUUUCCACAGCGGCCAACCAGAUGCCUCUGGGAAGCCCAUGAGGAAUACUUGGAAGACAGUUGCCUUCUCCCACUGAUGCUUUUAUCCUCUGUUAAGUUACUUAAUCCCCUUUCAAAGUCAGCUAAAGUGGUGGUCCUCACCUACUGAUUUCUGCAUCUGAAGCUGCUGGAAAAGGUCUAAGCCAGCAGAGAUGCUGCUUGCAAAGCUGCCAACUUCACCCAACCCUGUUUGUGCGUUUUGGGGAAAUUAUGUGCAUGGAAAUAAUGUUGGGCUGAAAUCAGGGGGACUUCUUUCCAAAUAGGAGGCUUUGUCCUUCCACCACCACCACCACCACUCUCACAUUGUUUUUUGGAUCUGACUGGUGGUAGCCUUCUGCAGUCUUUAUGAUGUGUCCUGCCCUGCCCCCCAGUCUGUUGACUGGAAUGGGGCUACUCUAGAUCAUGGGCGGCAGUUGAAACUGCAUUGCAUUGUGGGGCAGGAGCAGAAGGCUGCUGUUGAAAGGGAAGCCACACGUCUAGUCCUCACAUAGUGGUGAGGAGUAUACAAUAUAUACCAGACACAAGAUGGAAUCCAAGCACUGUAGCAGCUGCCAGCUUGUAAGCAACCAUCUAGGCACGAUGCCUUCAGCCCUUCUCCUUUGUAGCUCAUGCUAUGCAAAAAAGGGGUAGAGGGGGUGGGCUUAUUUUGUGUUGUCCUUGUGGUUCUUUUGUUUUGUUUUGUUUUUGCCAUUCUUUAGAUGUGGGGAACAAGCAAGGUGCGGUCCACAAAUUGCUUAAGUUAGAGAACUUGCCUUCAACUGAUCCAGUGUGGCUCCAGAGUUGGAUUUGGGAGAUCUGGGCUGAGCUGACUGACUCAGUGGGCACUCUUCAACCUCAGUUCCCUCAUCUGUAAAAUGGGAACAAGGGCAAACUACCUCGCAGGGCUGUUUGUGAGGAUAAAGACUGUACAGCAUUUUGCACAUUUAACAUUGAGAUAGCCUAUAUCACUCUUAUUAUUAAUAAUAUUUUUAUUCAUAGUAAUAACAUUCCCCCCUUUGAAGUCUGUGGGGACCCUUGGUAGUGGGCUGAAUUGUCCAGGGUUACGUGACUUCUGGGUCUCAUCCUUAGGCCCCAAUUCUGCUCAUGUGGAACCCAUGACACCCAUCCAAAUCAUACAGGGCCAACUGCAGGCCUUAUAUCUCUACCUAUCUAUCUCUAUCUAUCUAUAUGUGUAUAUUAUAAUAAGCCAUUGCUGCUCAUCAAAACCCAAGGAAAGUUAUCAAGUGCCAGCAAGGCCCCCUUGACUUUUGUGUAUUGUUUAUAUUAUGUGAAUAUGGUCUUUGGAAAAAUAUUUCUGCUUCUAUUUUAUAAUAAAAUCGUGAAAUCCAGCCUACUGUGCAAGAGAUCCUGGGUUUCUUUUUAAUCAGUGCCCUUUCCUGUAUUAGUCUUAAUAGUGGCUCUAACAAGAGUGUUUGCGCUAUUAACCAGAACUGCUUUAACUGUCACAGAUUCGCACAUGUGCACACACACCACCUCUUCCUCAAGGAACCCUGGGAAUGAGAAUUCCAAAAGGUGGCUAAGGUUUCCAAGCAGGCAAUGGCAGCACUAUCACAAAACCGUUUUCCCCAAAAUUCUUCAGGGAAGUCUGGACAGUUAAACCAGUUUACUCAGUGGCAAAGGUGAGAGAUAGACACCUGUCACAUGGGCCAUAUAAGAAUGGAAGCUUUCCUAAAGUGGAGAUUGGACCUGGAAAGAGGUUUGAACUCUUUUUUCUGUGUUCAGGGGAAAUAAUUAGAUGGAGUCUGUCCAUUUUCUUUAUUUGUCGCCUAAUCAAUCCUUGAAUUAAACUUGUAAAAAACAACGAAUCACCUGAACUUGCUUCCUUCAACACUGGAGGCCAAAAGUACUAAGUAGAUAGCUAUCAGUUACU